AAUCAGUUGUUUUUCAGAGCUGUUUGAAGUUGGUUGGCAUUUGGCAUAUUUGCCCCUAGUAGCAGCAGCAGCAUUAGCAGCAGUGCCUUCCCCCUCAAGGCUGUGUUUUCUAGUUAGUUUGUCUGCUUAGGCUAAGCUAAUCGUGUGCGCUGCGAAAAACUGAGCUGCUACAAGCACUCGCUCGCGUUGUCGCUGCCGCCGUCGUCGUUCUAAGUUUGUUUGAAAAAAGAUAAAGAAGGGGAAUUAAAGAGAUCAAUAAACCGCAUAAAAGAUUCGAGGAAAUGGAUUACAUUGUAAAGGCCUACAAAGAUUGGAAGCUGCAUUCGCAGUUUCAAGAGAUCGUACCUGAUAUGGAUGACACGGAAUUCAUGUUCAACGAGAAGCAAUCAAUACGCGACUCCGCGCGCACCCUCAAGCGCUACGGCAGCACCUGCUGCAACAGCUUGAGGAAUAACGAGACCCUAAUACGGCACAUCGUUGACAAGACGGACACGCUGCAGGGAAUUGCUCUGAAAUAUGGCUGCUCGACGGAACAAAUACGCCGCGCCAACCGGCUCUUUGCCUCGGACAGCCUGUUCUUGCGUCAAUUCCUGCUGGUGCCCGUGGAAAAGAACUCUCCCUACUAUCCGCAGGUGGGUGGCGGUGAUUCAAUCGCUGCCUUCGAUGUCCUGGCCACACCUCCGGGCACACCCGAUGUGAAUGUGCAGCGCGAGGCGCAGCAGAAUGCCAACAGCAUGGUUCAGACGAACAACUACAUGAACAGCAGCAGCAGUAGCAGCGGCAGCAGCGGCAGUAGCAGCAAUGGAGGCAGCAGCAGCAGCUGCAACACAAGUGGCUCUGCCUCGAGCGUGCGCUCCAACACACAGCAACAGCCACAGCGUCCAUACUCGAUUGCUGGCGAGCUGCUGGUGCAGGCCAGCGAUGAGGAUCCGGCCAUGACGCACAAUCACAAUGCGUGCGGCAGCAAGCAGAGCAAGUCCCUGGACUCGGUGGCGGCCAUGACGCCCGAGGAGGAGAAUCGCAAGUGCAUGCAUGACUUCCUCAAUAAAAUCGACAACACCAUUUCCGAGUCGCGCAAAUAUGUGGAACGUUCCAAGGAUCUGGUCAGCAGUCAGAGUGAUGCCGAUAUUUGCAUCAGCGCCAGUGCCGAUGUGUUUCCACAACGCCGCAAUCCGCUGAACAACUCCUACAAGAACAACAAUGAACGUCCGCCUCAGUAUCAGCGACACAGUUCGACGGGCAGCGGGAACUCGGACACGGCGCAGCUGUUGAACACAACGCAAACGCGUCGCGUGCAAAACUCGCUGAAGCGUCUCGAGAAGCAGCAGGAUGACUUCUUUGAGUUGUAGCAGCAGCAGCAGUCGUCGCUGGGAUUGAGACUGGCCUAAAUUCAACUGAGAGUUAAUUUUAACAAAUUGUUUUUAAUUGCCGCGCACGGAAUGCAGCGUACUCUAAAUGUAAUAUAUACGUACUAUUAUAAAUGUUAUAUGUAUCGACACGUAGUACACCUUAUACCUUACCUAUCCCCUACUCUAUACCUUAUACCUAAUAUCUACUACGAUAAAUCAUAGCUAGAACUAAUCGUAAGCGCUGCGCUAUUCAAACCUGUAGUACGAUGACAAGGCCAUGUUUGUUGUCCAUGUUUUUAUUUGAUCUUAUACAAAUAUUGUGUCAGCCAGCCCCCUUGUAAUUGCCGCCAAUUUGCUUGCAAGGUCUGACCUGCCCCCUUAUGUCUCUUCCUACCCAAUUAUGUUUAUGAUUUGUUUCGUGUAUGACUAGCUUUAAUUUCGCACUGUGUAUAAUUUUAGUUAUGAGAAUUAUUAAUGUUAAUUGUAUAUAGUCUGUCUGCUCCUACGCUUCGGCAACGCUGUUCGAGAAAUUGGCCACCACGCUAUAACCACCUAAAAAACUACUGUGUAACUGUAAUUUAUUUGUUAGCUUUCGAAAGAGUAUUAAAAGAAACCGCAACUGAAAAUCUAAACCCCAAAUGUGUGUGCAAUCCAACUCAAGAAACCAAAAACCUCUGCGUAACCCAUUCAUAUCUGAGCCAAGUCAUGUUGUGUCUAUGAGAGCGAGAGCGAGAGAGAGAGAACCUUUUAUAACAAAUAAAGUGAGAAUUGUGUUGGAAC